AUGACGCGGGGGAAGCUCAUAGUAUUCGAAGGCCUAGAUCGGGCAGGCAAAUCGACUCAAUGCCAGAUGUUGGCUGAAGAUUUGCAGAAUGACGGGAUCAAGGUGCGGCAUAUGCGGUUUCCCGAUAGAACGACACCAAUCGGCCAAAUGAUCAACAGCUACUUGAGUGGUCAGAGCGAGCAAGACGACCAUGUCAUACAUCUCUUGUUCUCCGCAAAUCGGUGGGAAGCAGUACCUUCUAUACAAGCCGACCUCGAAGCUGGUACAACGAUCAUCGUAGAUCGUUACUACUACAGCGGCUGCGUGUACUCUGCUGCCAAAGAGAACCCCAGCAUGAGCCUCGAAUGGUGUCGAAAACCCGAAGUAGGACUUCCACGGCCUGACUUGUGUCUUUUCCUUGACAUAUCCGCCGAAGACGCAGCAAAGCGAGGCGGAUAUGGCACUGAGAAGUAUGAGAAGAAGGAGAUGCAGGACCGCGUACGAGGGCUGUUUGAGACAAUGAUGCAGAAGAAGGAGGGCGAGGACUUUGUGCGCAUCGAUGCGGGUGAGGGUAUGAAAGAUGUGGCGGCAAAGAUCAGACAAGAAGUCGAUAGGUGCAUUGAGCGGGUCGCCAAAGGCCAAAUGCCGUUGAGGACUGUUGAGGAGUGGUAA